AUAAAAUAAAGGACCAAGACCAAUUUACUCAAUACUUCAUCGGUAUACCAUCCAGUUCUCAGAUUCCUCGCGUGCCAUCUUUCGGAGUUGCAGUGGUGCAUGAAAGCCAUAUGGAAGCUUUUCGGAGCAUGUAACACUCAGAAAUCAAUAACACGACUGCAUUGCCAUUUGAUCAAAACCGGAUCAAUUCAAGACGUUGAUUUCGCCUCAACUCUCACCGAUGCUUAUAUCACGUCUGGACUUCACGACAGCGCCCUUCAACUGUUCGACGAAAUUCCCAGCAGGAGGAGUUGCAUCCUUCAGCGUUAUUGCAGAGAAAAACGAUACGAAGAUGCCCUGUCUAUCUUUCCCUGGUCCUUUUACUGUCAAAAGACUGAUUCUUUCACCGUGUGUAGUGGACUGAAAGCGUGCUCUGAACUAAGGGCGAUUGGCCCGGGGAAAGCGAUUCAUUCCUUUAUCAAGAAACUCGGCGUGCUUGAUUCAAACUUGUUUAUUGGGGCCAGGCUGGUUGAAUUGUACUCAAAGUGUGGAGAAACGGGAGACGCUCUGCGAGUUUUUGAGGAAUUCCACAACCCAGACAUUGUCUUGUGGACUUCGCUGAUCUCCGGUUAUGAGCAGAAUGGCGAUCCGAAGAGCUUGUACGCGAUUGUUGAAUGCGAAUGCUGGAAGAAGCAUCCAUGGGUUUACCGUUAGGAGGGGCUUUUAUAUUUCCCUACCUUUGGUGAAUUCUUUUUUGAAUUUAUAUGCCAAGACAGGUGUUGUUAU